GAAAAACAAUAACUCGGUUUACAAGCAAUUUGGUCUCUUUAUAUCGGUUUUCAUAUUCAUUUUUUGAAAGAAAAAAAAUAGAAAAAUGCUUGCUGUCGUUUAUAUAGUUGCGCUGAAAACACAUAUUAUAAUACCACAAGAAUGGAUCAUGUCGCUCACACAGGAAACCUUAAAUAAUAUUGGUAAGGCGUCAUACCAAAACAGACGAAUUUUUUGGUCGAACACCAAUGUUGAUGAUGACGGCAUUCCCGAUGUGACGAUUAAACCAAAUUUCCAACGAAAUAUUGCAUCGACUUUUCCACCUGAUAGUGAUGAUGCUUGCUACAUUGGCCGUGUGAAGUGGUAUUGUGAAACAGUUGCUCGGGCUAAAUAUUUUCGUGACACAUUUCGCCCACAAUUGCCGGUGGUCUAUAGUCCACGCAAACGGCAUGAAAAGUCGCUACCUUCAUUGCCACCAUGUUCUCAAAAUACGAAUCGCUCAGGUCCGAUUGUUCACCGAGAAACAAAUGUUAUUUCAACUGAAAGUGAGCCUCAAAUUGAGCCAAUUGCUGCCCAAUCAAUUGGUCAACACAAAAGCCACGUUCGGAAUUUAUGGCCCAUUGAAGAGGAACGUCAACCUGUGUUAGAAGAAUCGCCAGUCGAAUCGUUAUCCGUUGAUUCGGAAAUGAACAGUGCCGUUGAUGAAAAACUCACAAUGCCGAAUAUUGAGAUGGAUGAAAUAGAUUCAUUUGCAAUCUCAGACUAUUUCAGCGAUGAACAAAACAAUCAAGAGAGCACGAUUGAAGAUAGGGCGGUUGCAGUUACAGUAAACAUUGGCGAUGGUUGUGAAAUGGUUUUUCCUAUUGGAGUAAAAUUGAAACCAAAGAUCGACGAGUACCAGACUAAGAAGAAUGAUCCAAUUUCAGUGAAUAUACCUUUUAAACAGAACCCGAACGGCGAUCGUGCUUAUUUAAUAAAAGGCUCAAAAGAAAUUGCGUUACCAGCAAUUGUGGUCAAAGGCUUAAUUCAAUUGAAUGGCGAACAAAAUCGACAGAAUGAACAGUUUGACAAGAAUUUCAUCAAAGCGUUGUUAGUCGGAUUGAUUGGUAUCAACAAGAUCAAAUACCACGGCGUCGAUCCAAAUGUUGCCAAAUUUAUCGAAGAUUUGUUUCAGUGCAGAAUCAAAGACGCCAAAGAAUAUGAAAAACGCUGUUCAUCUUUCAAGGAAUUGUUGAAUUCAGCCGAAUCAGAAAUUCUCAAGACCAGUUUUACACGUUAAAAAACGCAUAUUUUUGUUUCAUUCUUAAUCAAGGAAUAAUGUCUCUAAAUAAAGAUGAAAACAUGUUUUCUUUCACACACAAUGAAUAAACAAUU